UGUCAUUUUCUCUUUCCCGUGCUGUUCCUGGGGCAGAUUCAAAGCGAAGCAACAGCAGAGCAAACCGGCGCAAUUUUGUCUGUAUCUCAGCUGCAUCGAGAUUACAUUAUGGCCAACAACAAGCACGAUGUUAUCGUUAUUGGAGCUGGGUUGAGUGGUUUGAGUGCGGCAUGGUUACUUCAUAAAGAAAACGUCGAUGUGGUAGUAUUGGAGGCACGUGAUAGAGUGGGUGGUAGAACUUACACGAUUCAUAAUAGCGACGUUGGAUACUGUGAUCUUGGUGGAUCUUAUGCUGGACCUACUCAGAACAGACUUUUCAGGAUUGCCAAGGAAGUUGAUGUAGAUAAUUACAUAUUACCUGAUAAAGACCAAAGUGUUUGGUUAGAGAAUGGCAAAGCAAUCCCUUUUAAGGUUACAGGAUAUUUUCCAUUUUUUUGGAACCCAUUUAUAUAUACGGAUUUCAACUAUUUGAUGAGAGAAUGGGACAGGAUGGGUGAAAUGAUUCCUAAAGAUGCCCCAUGGGAUUGUAAGUAUGCCAAGGAAUGGGACAAUAAAACGAUGCAACAAUGGAUUGACGAGAAUAUCUGGACAAAAACUGUUCGUGAACUGGCUCGACAGCAAGUCAACAUUAAUGUGUGUGCUGAACCUGAGGAAGUGUCAAUGCUGUGGUUUCUAUGGUACGUAGUUCAGUGUGGUGGAUUUCUGAGGAUAUCAUCCAAUACCAAUGGUGGACAGGAACGUAAAUUUCAUGGAGGUACACAACAGAUUAGUAUCAAAAUAAGUGAAAGAAUUGGAAGUGAACGUGUCAAGUUGAAUUCAGCAGUUGCUAGGAUACAGCAGAAUGAGAUUGGUGUCAUGGUAACAACUCUGGAUGGAGAUACGUAUAAGGCAGAUCAUGUCAUCAUUUCUAUACCUCCACCUUUGACAGCACAUAUAACUUACGAUCCACCUCUACCGCCAUUACGUCUGCAACAUGCACAGCGUAUACCGAUGGGUUCUGCCAUGAAAUGCAUUGCCUAUUACAAGACACCAUUCUGGACAAAAAAAAAUUUGACUGGUUCAAUUAUUGCUGUGGAUCAGAAGUGUCCAUUUGUGCAUGUUAUAAACGAUACAAAACCGGAUGGCAGUUUUCCAGCCGUCGUGACGUUUGUGGUUGGAAAUAAAGCAAGAGAGUUCAUUGUGAAAACAACAGAAGAAAGAAAACGUUUGGUGUGUGAAUAUCUUGCCAUCGCUUAUGACAACGAGGAAGCGCUUCACCCUGUCCACUAUCUUGAAAAAAGUUGGAUGACAGAGCCGUACUCUGGAGGAUGUUAUACUGCGAUUAUUCCACCGGGUCAGCUGACCAAAUAUGGAAAGAUAAUUCGUGAACCAGUUGGGCGUCUUUAUUUUGCCGGUACAGAGACAGCAACUGAAUGGUCUGGAUACAUGGAUGGUGCGAUCCAGGCUGGAGAAAGAGCCUCCAGACAGGUACUACAUACAAUAGGCAAACUAUCCGCCGAUGAAAUCUGGCAGAAUGAACCACAGUCUCUGGAUGUUCCAGCGUAUCCGUUCAAGAAUACCUUCAUUGAGAGAAACCUCCCUUCUGUUGGUGGAUUUGUAUCUUUCUUUGUAUCAUCCCUACUGGUUGGUGGCGCUGUUGCUGGCUAUGUUAUCUACAAGAAUAAGUUAAUUGAUGUUUCCAUCAACUGGAAAUAAAACCCCAGAAAAACAGGAUUUAAUAAAAAAAAAAACGGAUUGAAAAGUUUUGUUAUGUGAUGUGGUGUCAAGGGUUUUCGUUUUGAUGGAAUGUACUAGUACUGUGCAUUUUA